CAAACCAUGGAGCUCAGCGUCCUUCUCCUCCUUGCUCUCCUCACGGGGCUCUUGCUUCUGAUGGCCAGGGGCCACCCAAAGGCUUAUGGCCACCUCCCACCAGGCCCCCGUCCUCUGCCCAUCUUGGGGAACUUUCUUCAGAUGGACAGAAAAGGCUUACUCAAAUCCUUCCUCAGGCUCCAAGAGAAAUAUGGGGAUGUUUUCACGGUGUACCUGGGGCCAAGACGCACGGUCAUGCUAUGUGGGAUAGACGCCAUACGGGAGGCCCUGGUGGACAAUGCUGAGGCCUUCUCUGGCCGGGGAAAAAUUGCUGUAGUGGAGCCAGUCUUCCAGGGAUACGGUGUAGUCUUUGCCAAUGGGGAACGCUGGAAGACUCUUCGCCGAUUCUCUCUGGCCACCAUGAGGGACUUCGGGAUGGGGAAGCGGAGUGUGGAGGAGCGGAUUCAGGAGGAGGCUCAGUGUCUGGUGGAAGAGCUGCGGAAAACUGAGGGAGUCCUCCAGGACCCCACCUUCUUCUUCCACUCCAUGACCGCCAACAUCAUCUGCUCCAUUGUCUUUGGAAAACGCUUUGGCUACAAAGACCCUGAGUUCCUGCGCCUGAUGAACUUGUUCUAUGUGUCCUUCGCACUCAUCAGCUCUUUCUCCAGCCAGAUGUUCGAGCUUUUCCACAGCUUCUUGAAGUACUUUCCUGGCACACACAGGCAGGUCUACAAUAACCUGCAGGAAAUCAAAGCCUUCAUUGCCCGCAUGGUGGAGAAGCACCGGGAAACCCUGGACCCCAGCGCUCCGCGGGACUUCAUCGACGCCUACCUGAUCCGCAUGGACAAAGAGAAGGCCGAGCCCAGCAGCGAGUUCCACCAUCGGAACCUCAUAGACACGGCGCUCUCGCUCUUCUUCGCCGGCACGGAGACCACCAGCACCACGCUCCGCUACGGAUUCCUACUCAUGCUCAAAUACCCCCACAUCGCAGAAAGAAUCUACAAGGAGAUUGACCAGGUGAUUGGCCCACACCGUCUUCCUUCCCUUGAUGACCGAGCCAAAAUGCCAUACACUGAUGCAGUCAUCCACGAGAUUCAGAGAUUUGGGGACCUUCUCCCCAUUGGCGUGCCCCAUAUGGUCACCAAAGAUAUUUGCUUCAGAGGGUACAUUAUUCCCAAGGGCACUGAAGUAUUUCCCAUCCUGCACUCUGCUCUCAAUGAUCCCCAUUACUUUGAAAAACCAGAUGUCUUCAACCCUGACCACUUUCUGGAUGCCAAUGGAGCACUGAAGAAGAAUGAAGCAUUUAUCCCCUUCUCCAUAGGGAAGCGCAUUUGUCUUGGUGAAGGCAUCGCCCGCAUGGAAUUAUUCCUCUUCUUCACCACCAUCCUCCAGAACUUCUCUGUGGCCAGCCCCAUGGCCCCUGAGGACAUUGACCUCACACCCCAGGAGAUAGGUGUGGGCAAAUUGCCCCCAGUGUACCAGAUCAGCUUUCUGUCUCGUGGAGGGUGCUGAGGGAAGGGGGGUCAAAGGAUUCCAGGAUCAUGAAAUAUGUCCACUACUUCAGAGAACAGCUGCUUGCCUCUCUCUGGGUCUUCCUGCCACUGAAAGACCCACUUCCAGCCAGUGUCCUUCCCCUCCUUGAUUGCUGCCUCCCUGGGAAAUUCCUCUCUGCCAUCUCAUCUCACCCCAUCAUUCUGCAGCUCUUGUAAAGACUCAUGGGGGUGUGUUUCUUUCCUUUGUCAAUAAAGUUACAUAUGUGGUGUAGAGCUAGAAGCUGGGGAUUAAGGGGAGAUUUGACUCAGGUGCUCUCUGCAUUUCUGCCUCCCAAACCACAGCUUCCCCCAGUGACUCCUCCCAUCCUCAGAACAACCACCACCUCCACUGAGCAACCAUUUGUGCUCCAUGAUCUGUGCCUAUGUGAGCUCACUUGAAUCUUCCUUCAGUAGUCCCAUGGGAUGGCUACAGUGAUUGUGUUUUACAGACGAGUAAACAAAGGCCAGGCACUGGCAUCAGUUUUCCCAGAUCAUAUGGCUGGGAGUGGAGGAGCAAGAUUCACACUCUGUCUCCCUGGUUCUCAAACUCAAAUUCUUCACCUAACCACAACCCCCCAUUAUAUUUUUAAAUUAUAGUAAAAUUCACAUCACAUAAAACAAGUGUUUUAAAGUGUAUAAUUUAGUGGCAUUGAGUUCAUUCGCAAUGUUGUACAACCACCACCACUAUCGAGUUCCAAACAUUUUCAUCACUCAAGAAGAAAACCCCUUACCCAGUAACAGUCACUCUCCAUUUCCCUUCCCCCUCAGCCCCUGGCAAACACCAAUCUGCUUCCAGUCUCUGUGGCUUUGCCUAUUCUAUGUAUCUUAUGUAAAUGGAAUCAUACAAUAUGUGCUCUGUUGUGUCUGGCUUCUUUCACUCAGGAUAAUAUUUUUGAGAUUCAUCCACAUUGUAGACCAUUGCUGUACCCUACUGUCCUCAUUCUUACUGACUCUCCUUACUGCUUCCCUCUGUGCAAAGGGCUCCUUGGCUCCUUGGCCCAUGGGCUCCAGGCCCAUGAUUCUAAUCUAGUGCCUAAACUGGUUUCUUUACAGUGCCCUUCAAUUCUCUGAAACUCAAAUAAACAUCAAAAGCCUGACAUCCCCUGGUCAGGUGGUGAGCCA